AUGGCUGCUGCAGUGAGAGUGAACUGUUGUUAUACUGUCGAACCAGAGGAAGCAACAUGGAAUGGCUGCAUUGCCCUAUCAGAAUGGGAUCAAACCGGCCUCAUAACUCAUGUGCCCACCAUCUACUUCUACCGACCCCCCCAACAAUGGCUCACACCCCCUGAAAAAAUCAUCAAAACCCUAAGAGACACCUUGAGCAGAGCCUUAGUCCAUUUCUAUCCACUGGCAGGUCGCUUGAGAUGGAUAGGCGACAGCGGCAGUCGCCUCGAGCUACACUGUAACGCCUUGGGCGCUCAGCUCAUCGCCGCCGAGUCCGCCGCCGAGCUCGACGACUUCGGCAACUUCUCUGCCCGUGCAGAGUUCGAACCCCUAUUUCCUUCCGUCGACUACAGAACUCCGAUUCACGAGCUUCCAUUGCUACUUGUGCAACUCACCAGGUUCCGCUGUGGCGGUGUCAGCUUGAGCCUGACAAUAUCCCACGCCGUCGUGGACGGCCAAAGCGCACUUCACUUCAUCACGGAGUGGGCCAGGAUCGCCCGCGGCGAGCCAAUAGCCACCCCGCCGGUCCUCGACCGGACGGCGCUGAGGGCCGGGGAACCCCCCACCGCACCCCCUCGGUUCCACCAUACGCAGUUCGACCAACCGCCGCUUCUCAUCGGCCAGACGAACACCGAAAAUGAGCGAAAGAAGAAAACCACCAUAGCUAUGCUAAAACUGACCAAAACCCAAGUAGAGAAAUUAAAGAGCAUAGCUAACGCUUCAAGUGAUGACGCCAAUUACAGUAGGUACGAAGCGGUGGCAGGGCAUAUAUGGAGGUGCGUGUGCAAGGCGCGGAGGCACGAAGGCGAGCAGCCGACAGCGUUGGGGAUCUGCGUUGAUUUCCGGAAGCGCAUGGAGCCGGCGCUGCCGCGGGGAUACUUUGGCAACGCGGUUAUGGAUGUGAUCGCGACGGGGAAGUCGGGAGAGCUGAUGGGGAAGCCGUUGGGGUACGCUUCGAGCAGAAUAAGGGCGGCGAUCGAGACGGUGGGGAAUGAGUACGUGUGGUCGGCGACGAAUUUCUUGAAGAGUCAAGGAGAUCUGUGCAGGUUUCAGGAUCUGCAUGGGAUGAUGGGGAAUUAUAGUGAUGGUAAAAAUGGGGGCCCGUUUUAUGGGAAUCCGAAUCUGGGGGUGACCAGCUGGUUGACGCUGCCCAUAUAUGGGUUGGAUUUCGGAUGGGGGAAGGAGAUUCACAUGGGUCCGAGAACGCAUGAUUUUGACGGCGACACGCUGAUUCUGCCUGAUCAUCUUGGAGAUGGAUCAUUGGUUGUGGCGUCGUGUCUGCAGGCGGAGUAUAUGGAUGAUUUCGAGAAGUAUUUCUUCUACGAAGAAGACCUUACUUCUGAUGCGUCUGAUCAUCGUCAAGUCAUUGAUCAGCUGAGAAUUAAUCGAGACCUUUAA